AUGAUAGUGAAAUUGAAAUAUAAGAACCCCAAGAAGGUGAGGUUGUCUAAUGUAGAGUUGCUUGAGAAUGUAGAUUUCAACGACGAAGAUUGGUUGUUGAGAAUGAAAGAAAUGAAUGAGAGACUUAAUUUGUUAAAAGAGAGUUACAAGCUUAUAAAUUCUUUGAGGAAAGGAAAGAAAGUUCUUGAUCAAACUGAAAGUGAAAGUGAAGUCAGUGGUGCCGAAACUCCAAAAAGAUCAAGAAGGCUGGCAAAUUAA